AUGGACAAUAUGUCUAUUACUAACACACCAACAAGUAAUGAUGCUUGUCUGAGCAUUGUUCACAGCUUGAUGUGCCAUCGUCAAGGUGGAGAGAGUGAAACUUUUGCCAAACGCGCAAUUGAAAGUUUAGUUAAAAAGCUAAAGGAGAAAAAAGAUGAAUUGGAUUCUUUGAUUACAGCUAUAACCACAAAUGGAGCUCAUCCUAGCAAGUGUGUUACAAUACAGAGAACGCUGGAUGGGAGGCUUCAGGUGGCUGGUCGCAAGGGAUUCCCUCAUGUGAUUUACGCUCGGCUUUGGAGGUGGCCUGAUCUUCAUAAAAAUGAACUCAAGCAUGUUAAAUAUUGUCAGUAUGCUUUUGACUUAAAAUGUGACAGUGUCUGUGUAAACCCUUACCAUUAUGAGCGUGUAGUAUCACCUGGCAUUGAUCUCUCAGGACUGACACUACAGAGUUCUGCUCCAUCGAGCAUGUUGGUGAAGGACGAAUACGUUCAUGACUACGAGGGGCAACCAUCCUUGUCUUCUGCUGAAGGCCACUCGGUCCAAACCAUCCAGCACCCACCAAGUAACAGGGCAUCUACAGAGCCUUAUAGCACCCCAACCAUGUUAGCUCCCACUGAGGCUAGCACUACCAGCACCACUAAUUUUCCCAACAUUCCUGUGGCUUCAACAAGUCAACCUACCAGUAUAUUGACAGGUAGCCAUAGUGAUGGACUCUUACAGAUUGCUUCAGGGCCUCAGCCAGGAGCUCAGCAGAAUGGGUUUACAGCUCAGCCAGCCACUUACCAUCACAAUAGCACCACAACUUGGACUGGAAGUCGGCCGGCGGCCUACACACCCACCAUACCUCACCACCAGAAUGGCCAUCUUCAGCAUCACCCACCCAUGCACCCUGGGCAUUACUGGCCAGUUCACAAUGAGCUUGCAUUCCAGCCUCCUAUAUCAAACCAUCCUGCUCCAGAAUACUGGUGUUCAAUUGCAUAUUUUGAAAUGGACGUGCAAGUUGGGGAGACAUUCAAGGUCCCUUCAAGCUGUCCCAUUGUCACCGUUGAUGGAUACGUGGAUCCUUCCGGAGGAGACCGGUUUUGCCUGGGCCAGCUUUCCAAUGUGCACAGGACAGAAGCCAUCGAGAGGGCAAGGUUGCACAUAGGCAAAGGGGUGCAGCUGGAGUGCAAAGGAGAAGGGGAUGUGUGGGUGAGAUGCCUCAGUGACCACGCAGUCUUUGUCCAGAGCUACUACCUGGAUCGAGAGGCAGGACGUGCUCCAGGGGAUGCUGUUCACAAGAUUUACCCAAGUGCAUACAUCAAGGUGUUUGAUUUACGCCAGUGUCACCGUCAGAUGCAGCAACAAGCAGCCACUGCCCAAGCUGCUGCUGCUGCCCAGGCUGCUGCAGUAGCUGGAAACAUCCCUGGACCAGGAUCAGUAGGUGGAAUAGCCCCAGCCAUUAGUUUGUCAGCUGCUGCUGGGAUUGGUGUAGACGAUCUUCGCCGCUUGUGCAUCCUCAGGAUGAGUUUUGUCAAAGGUUGGGGACCUGAUUACCCGAGACAGAGCAUCAAAGAGACCCCCUGCUGGAUUGAAAUCCACCUACACCGGGCCCUCCAGCUGCUAGAUGAAGUACUUCACACCAUGCCCAUUGCAGACCCACAACCUUUAGACUGA